AUCGCCAUCAUCAUCGUGCGCGGGUUAAGUCCGGUGGGGCUUUUGGCGAAGAUCAACUCGCUGUUGCGUUACGACCCGCACUACCAACCAGUACACUUUGAGCCGUUGCGGUGAUCGUAUGCAUUGAAAUAAUUGUGAGACCGUUCGCGCGAAUAGCUAUUCUCUGUGUCAUCCGUCAGUAACCUACAGAGAACAAAGUACACUUGGCGGUUUUGGGAAAGAAACGGCGUGUGGUUUUCUGGGUGCAAUCCUUGCGCGCGGGGAAGAAAACCGGGUAGCGAAGCCUGCAAACUGUUUUUGAACCAGAAUUCAAAUACAGUUUCGGGAGGGCCAACGGUUCAGCGGUAGAGCAGUAGCAGCCAAGCAACGGUCAAAAAUUUGAACGCGGCGAAAGUGAAUGGAUUGUUGUGAUUUUAUUGGUAGCGGUAAGAGGUGGAAACGUUUCAUAAGUGGUUUUUGGAUUGUGAAGUGUGCGGUGGUGCGUAGCUGGACGAAAAUCCUAGUCAGAAGAGAAGCUGAAAGUGUUUUUUUGCAGUGUGUAACCCGGAAUUUUUGCUAAAGAGAAAAAUUACGGUGCCAAGAUGGUAGCUAGUGGAAAAAUGAUGAACGUGCGCGUCACGACGAUGGACGCCGAGCUGGAGUUCGCAAUUCAGCAGAGCACCACCGGCAAACAGCUGUUCGAUCAGGUCGUCAAAACCAUUGGCCUGCGGGAGGUGUGGUUCUUCGGGCUGCAGUACACAGACUCCAAGGGGGACCUGACGUGGAUCAAGCUGUACAAAAAGCCCGAAAAUGUCGUCUGCAAGCACAUGAAAAAAAUUAAAACCAUUAUCAAACGGAACAUUGAGCAGCGCAUUUCAGUCGGGCAGCAGCAGAAAGGAGAAACCGGCGAAGAGGAGGAGGAGGAUUCCGACGGUGAUGAUAUGGUAAGAGCGAUUGGUUUUGGGUCCGCUCGGUUGGUCCUGACCGAGGUUUACGCUAUGCUGGAUUUCGCUAGAACACCCUGUUGUAGUUAAUUUUCCAUUUUUGGG